CUGGAAACGGUUGCGUAUUUCACAGGCCUAUACCUCUCAUAUCGUCUCUCCUGCGUAGGUGAGUAAAAUCACAACUCGGUUGCCUGAAGCCGAAGGGAAGAUAAAGAUAAAAGAGAAGAUUAGGACAGAGUGGCCAUGGAUGAAGAAGAACACGAGGUGUACGGAGGCGAAAUUCCCGACAUGGAAGGUGACAUGGACGGUCACAACGCUGACGUCUACAUGUCCGCCGCCGAUGAGGACGCUGUUAAGGAGUUAGAUGAGAUGAAGAAGCGGUUGAAGGAGAUGGAGGAGGAAGCUGCGGCUCUUCGCGAGAUGCAGGCCAAGGUUGAGAAAGAGAUGGGUGCCGUUUCAGACCCUGCUAGUGCAGCUACUAAUCAAGCAAACAGGGAAGAAGCGGAUUCACGAUCAGUAUUUGUUGGCAAUGUCGAUUAUGCAUGCACACCUGAAGAGGUGCAGCAACAUUUCCAGUCCUGUGGUACUGUUAACCGGGUAACUAUUCUGACGGACAAGUUUGGCCAACCAAAGGGUUUUGCUUAUGUGGAAUUUCUUGAAGUAGAAGCUAUUCAAGAGGCUCUACAGCUGAAUGAGUCUGAAUUACAUGGUCGUCAACUGAAGGUAUUGCCUAAAAGGACCAAUGUGCCUGGGAUGAAGCAAUAUCGCGGAAGGCGUUUCAGUCCUUACAUGGGAUACCGGGGUAGAAGGCCUUAUGUACCUCCAUAUUUCUACUCCCCAUAUGGUUACGGGAAGGUUCCUAGGUUCAGAAGGCCAAUGCGUUACAUGCCCUACUAUUAGUAGAGACUGUGCUUGUGUUACAAGAUGAUUAAUCUUAUUAUGUUAUGGAUGUUUACUUGCAGGAACUUGAGUUCUAUGUACUAUCAUUUUGAAUACUGUCUUAUUUGUGUCGUGCAUGGUCAACUUUAUCAAUGUAAAAAUUAUUGAAUUUCUA